AUGUCACAGUCAGGUUCCGGAGACCACCACAAUGGCACUGUCCAGACCGAAAAUGGCGACACACAACACCAUCAGUCUAAUGGUCCGAGCCAAAACGGGAUCAAAGCUGAGUCCAAAGGUGACCUAUCAAACGGCUUCGAGAAUCGGACUGUCGACUAUGAACGCAGUGUCCCCAACGUUGUAUCGGUGCAGCAGGUGCCAUCAAUGGCUCCAGAUUACUCAUCAGUAUCCCAACCAGGUGUCUACCCAACUCCCGGACGACUGGCUCAACCACUUCCAGAGGAUCGACAGCAGCAGCAGUAUCAGGACAAGUCCGGGUUGGAGCACCACGUAUCGCAAACGGCAACUCAGACCCUGCCGGUGCAAAUCCAGCCACACUUUGUUCCGGAUUUUGUCCCUGAUCAGAGUCAGAGCCAGUACCCGCAAGCUCGUGGUCAAUUUGAGGUCAGAUCGCAGAUGUACAACCAGCAGGGUCAAUACGGAGAUCGCGUGGGAUACGUGACAAGAGACGUCACGUACAGGGAUUCAUCGCUUUACGCUCACGCUCAAGGUACCGGUAAUCCGGUGUUUACCGGAGCCAAUGCUGGGUAUGUAACAGUCCAGCAUGCUUCUCAAUUGCAGCACGCAUCACAGUCAGUGAGUCCCCAACCGGGUUUUUAUCCAGGUGUUAUAAUGACCGCCCAGCCUUCUGUGUCCCAGAGUUAUGGCCAAUUUGCUGGACAAUCACAGUAUACCUACGGACAAUAUCCACAGACUUUGAUUAAUCCGAUACCAUACAAUCCACAUGCCCCUAUGUACACGGCUCAGCAGUUCAAUCAACAAACUUCCCCUAAUCCGCAGAGAUAUUCUCAGGAGGUAUCCCAAUAUCAAGGUCAGCCCAUCAUACAGUCGAUUGCACAAAACGUUAUUGCGCCGGUUGACAGAUCUGUUAACAGCAGUACAACACGUGGCCCCAAGCCGAUGGACGGUUUAUACAUCGAUUCGAGCGGAGAUCAGUCAAUGAGGGACACAAUCGUCGACACGAUACCCAACGACUGCCUAUAUGUUUCCCGGAACGAACAUCGCAAAUCUGUGUCCGACGUGACUACUGCUAGUUUUCCUCGUAGAAAUGACACUAUUACUUUCACCUUCCCAGGAGAUACUGGAGACACGUCUCUGUUGACCGCAAGGAAACCCCCAUCUGGACUGAGCGACAAAAAAUGGACUGCCGAUAAUAUGAGCCAAAUUUUCCAGACCGACAACAAACGUGAUCCAGUUCUCAGAGUAGCGACGGUUCCCUACGACAGACAGGAAAAUCGAAAGAGCGUGAUGUCCGACAUAACCAACAGGAAACCUGAGUGGGGGAAUGUCAGCCCUAAUCAACGUCCGAAUCCAGUUAUCGCCCAAGAAAAUCGGCGAUCAGACUACUUUGAGGAACAUCGGCGGUCUCCUAUGCCUGUGAUUGAUCAGAAACGCAUGGAUGACUUGAGACGAUCCCCUAUGCCUUUCAUAUCAGUUCGUGACAGCUCCUGUGAGAGAGUCGCUCAAAAUAGCCCUUCGUACCCGAUCCCAGCCAAUCAAAACUUCGAGAAAACUAGGCAGGAACUUGUUAUCUGGGCUGAGCAGCGACAGCGUCACGAAGUCGAGCGAACUAUGCAUCCAAAUCCGAUCUUUGCGACUAGUCCUCGCUCCCGAAAUCCCUCGGAAGAACGUAGGGUGAUGAUUCCGCUGGAUGAGCAGCGAAACAAAGACAUUAGGGUUCCCCAAGUGGCGUUCCAGCCGAUUCCCAACAUCAGUCAGAACACGAUUAUGGAGCAGCGACGACAUCUGAGACAUGUCAGCGCUGAUCUUACCAAACACAUGGAGCUCUCCAGGAAGGAUUUCGAGGAUCAACCAAUUUCGGGAUCUGUUGCGAAUCUGGGCCCUGGUGUGAGUACCAGCUCGUCUCAGCGUGCCAGCCCGAAUUUGUGUCACCAGUUCCCAGCGAUGAGCGAAGCCAAGCUAGACACUAAGACGCUGCUAACUGUUGUUACGGAUUUCCCCGGUGAUAAUCCGAUGAAGCCGCUCGAGCAAACCGACCACAUAAUCCACAGCCACAAGAAAAGCCACAAUAUAUCGGCGUGCUUGUUAACGCACAGCAAGAGCCAGGUUGAGAAUUUGCAGUCUGGUUCGGGGUUGGGAGACAUUCCGGAUAAGACAGAGUGCAAUCAUUCUCAACAACAGCAGCAGCAUCAACAGCAAAGUUUGGAUAUGAUUGCAGAGAAGCUCAGCCAGUUUGAGAGGCAGCAAAGUGACCUCCAGGCGCGGCUCCAGUGCUUGCAGAACCAGAACCACCUUUUGGACCAGGUUGCUCAUCAUCAGUAUCAGCAUCAGCAGAGCGAUCUACAGUCACGACUUCAAUGUCUGCAGGAUAGACAGGCCACUGAGAAAUCUCUGAGGCAAGCGAUCGAGCUCCAGCAAAAGAACGCCUUCAAUGACAUGCACCACAUGCAGAUGAAGGCCCUCGCGGACCAGGUUAUUGACCAGCAGCAGCAGCAGCAACACCAGCCUGGGGAGCCACUGAGCAAGCAAAUGAUGGAUCAGCAUCUACUGAAUCGUAAUUCGGCGUAUCUGUCAGCGGGGUUCACCAAUCAAAUGUGUCAAUCACUGACGUCCGAGAGAUUAUCACCGCGCAUUCAAGUUGAGACUGAGUUGGAGCGCUCACAAAUUACAUUGCCGACUAACUCCCAGUUUGAGAGAAACGACGGGACACGCGGCUCACACCAGUAUCGAUUGAUGUGCCAGUCGGCUGACGCGACAGACAACAUUGUUGCUAGUUGUCCCUCUUCUGCUUCGUCUUGUUCAUCCUCGAAUACUAUUAAUGUGACCUCUGGGGCUUCUGCCACCGGGGUCACUUUUUCUGGAACUCUCAAGAAAGUUCCGCCUGAGAAACCGCCCAGGACCUCGCUUAUUGUUCAGUCACCCGAGACAGAGUUAUUCCUCAUUGAGGUUUCCACAUCGGAUAUUUUCACGGUGACCACAUAA